AUGAACUUCCUUCCUUCCUUCUCUAUGGAGACCUGGGCCCUUGUGCUUUGUUUCAUAGCCCUCGUCAUAGUAUACGGGGUCUGGCCAUUUGGUUUGUUCAAGAAGUUGGGUAUUCCCGGGCCAAGACCUCUGCCUUUCUUUGGAACAUGCCUGGAAUAUCGCAAAGGUUUCUUGGAUUUUGACAAGGAAUGUUUCCAGAAAUAUGGGAAAGUCUGGGGGAUUUACGAUGGCAGGCAACCUGUGCUGGCUGUCACAGACCCCCAAAUCAUUAAAUCUGUGCUGGUUAAAGAGUGUUACUCCAUCUUUACCAACCGGAGGCGCACUGAACUAGCAGGGGUGCUGAACAGCGCUGUCUCAUUAGCUGAAGAUGAACAGUGGAAAAGGAUUCGUACAGUGCUCUCUCCAACCUUCACCAGUGGGAAACUAAAGGAGAUGUUCCCUAUAAUGAAGCACUAUGGGGAAGUUUUGGUGAAAAACGUUCAAAAGCAAGUGGAAAAGGAUGACGCUAUACCUGUAAAGGACAUCUUUGGAAGCUACAGCAUGGAUGUUGUCACCAGUACUUCGUUUGGUGUGAACAUCGACUCCAUGAACAACCCCAAAGACCCCUUUGUCAGAGAGAUGCAGAAGCUGGUCAAGUUUGACUUUGCUGACCCACUCUUCAUCCUAUCAUUCGUAUUUCCAUUCCUUAAUCCUCUUUUGGCCAAGAUGAAUGUAAGCUUCUUCCCCAGUUCUGCUGUAGAUUUCUUCAUGAGGUCCAUCUCCAAAAUUAAGGAAGACCGUGAAAAGGACGCUCACAAGGGCAGAGUGGAUUUUCUACAGCUGAUGAUUGAAUCCCAGAACUCAAACAGUCAUGGGAGCAACGGAGCAAAUCACUCAUACAAAGCCCUGACUGACGAAGAGAUUCUGUCGCAAGCAUUCAUCUUUAUAUUUGCCGGGUAUGAACCCACCAGCAGCACAUUGUGUUACCUGGCGUACGAACUGGCCACGCAUCCUGACGUGCAGCAAAAACUGCUGCAGGAAAUCGACACAGUUUUACCCAACAAGGCUCCUCUCACGUAUGAAGCAUUAAUGCAAUUGGAAUAUCUUGACAUGACACUGAAUGAAACCCUUCGGUUUUUUCCUUUGGGACGGCUUGAGAGAACCUGCAAGAAAGAUGUAGAAAUAAAUGGAGUGACCAUUCCCAAAGGAGUUAUUGUUAUAAUCCCACCCGAUAUCCUGCACCACAACCCUGAGUACUGGCCAAAUCCAGAAGAAUUCAGACCAGAAAGGUUCAGUAAGGAAAACAAAGAGACCAUAGACCCAUACACGUACCUGCCCUUCGGAGCUGGCCCCAGGAACUGCAUUGGGAUGCGGUUCGCUCUCCUGAGUCUGAAAGUUGCCAUGGCCAUCCUAUUGCAACAUUUCACCUUCCAGACCUGCAAAGAAACUCAGAUCCCUCUCAAGAUGAGUUCCAAGGGAUUCUUAAAACCAGAGAAACCGAUUAUUCUGAAGUUUGUCCCCCGGACCAAAACCAUAGCGGCAUAA